CCAAUACAAGACCGAACGCAAACGUGGUUUUGUAUGUCGACAGAAGGAACUUAAUAAAACUACUGCAGAGGGGAAAACAAACAUCUUUGUGAACUGCUGAUGCGCACGACCAAAACAGAGUUGGACGCGCAAUUACGCAAGGAGCACUUCUUAAAACGAAAAUGCACUUUUAAGACUGCUUUGUUUUCUAUUGUGUUUUUUAGUGUUUAAGGUGCAAAAGUGCCAAGUUGACAUUUCUUUGGAAUAUGCACGCUCCAUUGCCACUCGCAAUGCACAUGUGAUGCUGUGCGCAAGGACGAGUGAGUGUGAGUGCUGUACUUUCCCAUGAUGCGCACGGGGCGACGACAGUCUUUCCUCACAGCACCCGUUUAGACAUUAAAAAUUACUUACGGACAAUUUUAAGGAAAACUUAAGAAAUAAGGAACUCUCUUCUGCGUGCGCAAGACUGAUGAAACGGGAGAAGCACGCCAAAUUGCGCGAAAAUCUCUUCUCUGUUAAGUCUAAAGCGCGUGCGGCUUUUGAUAAGUGGAGUCGACUACUGGAUAUUUAUGUGUAAAUAUAUCGGAAUUCAACAGGAAGUCUUAAAGUAUUUGCUUGAUGUUCUUAAGUGAAUUUUGAGGAACAUGGGGACUGAAGAAAAUUUUAUUUUCACAUCUGCCUUCAACAGCCAUGUAAGAUCUCUUGUUGGUUAUAAUGCAUUCUCUCAUUCUGGAUCAUCACAGUAUGAUCGGACGCGCGUCCGUUGUCAUUCACGAGGACAAAUCGGACCGACGCGGCGGUAAACUGAUCGAUAGACUGUACCGAUAAAGCUCAUAUAAAAGGCUAAUGACCAAGCCUGCCCAUGUUUGCUUAACCUGUGUGGGAGAGUGUGCUGUGGGACAAAUUGCUGACGAGAUGAUGUCUACAGUCAGCGGAGUGAUGAACCAUCAACCAGUUGCUCGGCUGUACAAGGCUGCUUAGUUUUUAUCGUGUGCACUCUCGGUUUGGACCUGAUCUGGAAUUAUGGGGUGACUGCUCAUUCUGCUCGAUGAAAAAGCCAUGGAUGUGAACUACUCCACAGUGCUGGACAGCAGCGUAUCACAGCGCAAUUCGUCAAAGCGAGUUCUGACCGGUUGUUUCCUCUCGCUGCUCAUCCUGACCACCCUACUGGGCAACACGCUGGUCUGUGCGGCGGUCACAAAGUUUCGCCACCUGCGGUCCAAAGUCACCAACUUCUUUGUUAUAUCACUGGCUAUCUCAGACCUGCUGGUGGCCAUUUUGGUGAUGCCGUGGAAGGCUGCAACCGAAAUUGUGGGUUUCUGGCCAUUCGGAACCUUCUGCGAUGUCUGGGUGGCCUUUGACAUCAUGUGCUCCACCGCUUCCAUCUUAAAUCUGUGCGUCAUCAGCGUAGACCGCUACUGGGCCAUUUCUAGCCCGUUUCGCUACGAGCGCAAAAUGACGCCCCGGGUGGCGUUCAUCAUGAUCAGUGUGGCGUGGACGCUGUCCAUCCUUAUCUCCUUCAUUCCCGUGCAGCUAAACUGGCAUAAAGCCCAGGCGACCAUCUACACGGAGCUGAACGGCACCUUCGGCGAGCUUCCCCCAGACAACUGCGACUCCAGCCUUAAUCGGACGUAUGCCAUCUCUUCUUCGUUGAUCAGUUUUUACAUACCUGUGGCUAUUAUGCUGGUCACCUACACCCGAAUAUACCGCAUCGCCCAGAAGCAGAUACGCCGGAUCUCCGCCCUGGAGCGAGCGGCAGAGAGUGCCAAAAACCGUCACAGUAGCAUGGGUAACAACGCCGGUAUGGAUUCGGAAAGUUCCUUUAAGAUGUCCUUCAAGCGUGAAACCAAAGUUCUCAAAACCCUGUCGGUCAUCAUGGGCGUUUUCGUGUGCUGCUGGUUGCCCUUUUUUAUCUUGAACUGCAUGGUUCCUUUCUGCGACCCGAAUGAGAGCGGAGACUUCCCGUGCAUCAGUUCUACCACCUUCGAUGUCUUCGUCUGGUUCGGAUGGGCCAACUCCUCGCUCAACCCCAUCAUCUAUGCCUUCAACGCGGACUUCCGAAAAGCGUUCUCCAUCCUGCUGGGCUGCCACAGACUCUGCCCUGGGAGCAACGCUAUAGAGAUUGUGAGUAUUAACAACAACGGGGGUCCUUCAUCGGUUUCUCACUAUCAGCCUAAGUGUCACAUUCCUAAAGAGAGCAACAACAGCAGCAGCUAUGUGAUCCCACACAGUAUACUUUGCCAGGAAGAGGAGACCCAAAAACCGGAAGAUGACUCUGGGGUUAAGGCCUUCGAGAAACUGUCUCCAUCCAUGUCGGCCAAUUUGGAUAGUGAUGCUGAUGUUUCCCUGGAAAAGAUCAACCCCAUAACACAAAAUGGGCAGCAUAAAUCUGCACCGUGCUGAGUAUUUCUGGCAACAAAGAAUCCCGUAUCAUGACGGCGUGGAAUCCAAAAAAGCUUCACUGAGAACCUUAAAAACAUUUUUGGACCAAAACAGUAAAUGAAACGUGGAAAACAAAGAAUGUUCCAAUUGAAGGCACUUUAUGCUGGAUAACUAUCUGCAAAAUGUUCGCAGCAGCUUGUAUUAUUGACGUUAACAGGUCAGUUGUCGCAAGAAAGUAAUGUGAAUAAACCAUGUAUGCAUAUGUAUACAUGUUAUGCAUUUUUCAUUUGUGAUAAAAGUUCAGUUUGAGUAGUUGAAUAUCUCGUUACGGCUCACAAGUAGAGCUAUGUGGUGCAUCUACUGUACUGUCGACAACAAAAUGUACAUACUGUUUAUAUUUUUCACCGUUUAUCAGAGUUGGCCAAGUCCACAUCUCCUUGCGCUGCUACAGUAGUUGUUAUAAUUGUAUCGCAGAAACAUGAUGUACGUGUGCAAGCCACCCCAUAAUGUGACAAAAAGACAUUUUUGAUUCAGUCUUCUAUGUGCUUUGGUGUGAUGUUGAAGAAAUAGCAGUUGAGGGAAUGGAUUUUCUGCCAUUUGAUUUAUCAGCUGUUGAAGUGGGCAUGAUAUUUGGAUGUAAUUUUUCAUAUUUCUCUUUAUAUAAAAAAAAUACUUUCCCCAACCCAUUCUCUUACCGUCAACGCUUCACUUGUCACAAUGCAAGAUAGCACAGGGCGACCCACAAUCCCAGUGGUAAUCUUACCGGUCAUUUCCGUCACUUCUGUUGUCAUCCAUUUUCUAUUUAAAGCAUUUCAAAAGGACAAAAUGUUUAAACCCCAUAGCUAAGAGGCCUGUCAGCGUAUUAGUAUCCGUGACAGGGUUCAAUUGCAGGCUAUGUCUUUGAAAGAUGCCUGAUUUGGAGAUUUGGAUAUGUAGCUAUUUCAGUCUCAUUAAUUCCACCCACUAUAAAUGCACAAAAGUAGUUUUAAACAGUGCAUUUAAAUGAAAACCAGAAAUCUUUCAGUUUCUUUCGCCAAAUCCAUGUGGAUGAAUUUUGUUAAUAUAGCCUUAGUUGUAUUAUAAAAAAAUCUUAUGCGACACCCAGAAAGUAGCUGACAUAUUGUGACCUUUCCGAAAGCAGUUGACACCACAGGAAGCGCUCUGUAGUACAUCCUAGCGCUUCAAAGCAUAUCUAGUUUGAAAACAAUCUUGCAUCAUUCUGUCUCUGAACUGUUAUGUCAGCUGUCGCAUUGGAGCGUAUGGAUGAUUAGGAACAUAUGUCACAUUCUUAGGUACAUUGACUCUCAAUAUGCCGUGGAGCAACUCAACCAAUUUAACUCAGUCGCUCCUUGCCCAGACAAAUUCUGUUACGUACGCCGUCCUACUUUUAAUAGAGUCGUUUGUUGAGCUGUUUUGUGAGGUUAUGCAACCGCCCUUGAUCUAAGUUAAUUCCUGGGCUACCAUACAGCGCAAGCUUCCCACAAAUAUUGGGAUUUGACUGAAUUGACAAGCCAAAUGCAAAGCAAUGUGAUUACUGUCAAUCAAUGACAAUGGAUUUUUCGAGACAUAGCUUUCAACAGAUUCCCCCUUUGCAGACAAUUUCUGAAAUCAGAAACUGAGCCAAAUUGGUCAGGUUUCACCUCAAACCUGCCAUUAUUUACUCACCCUCAAGUUGUUUCAAACCUAUAUUCGUAAUUAAGCAGGAAAUAGGAGCACCAUUGACUUCCAUAGUAUGGAAGAAAAAUACUAUGGAAGUCAAUGGUGCUCCAAAACUGUAAACAUUGCUCAAAACAUAUUCAUUUGUGUUCAGCAGAACAAAGAAACCCAUACCGGUUUGUAACAACUUGAGGGGGAAUAAAUGAUAACACAUUUUUGGGUAAACUAUGCCUUUAAUGAUACCAUGUGCCAAAAUGCUGAAGAAACCAUGAUUAGAAAUUUUCUCAAGCUCCUCUACUUUUUUCACUGAAAUAUAAACUUUAACUGUCUUAUUUAUACCAAUGAAGGUUUAAAAUAUGAAUAAUAGUAUACUUGGAGGCAGAAAUGGAGACUAAAGUAAACAUAUUUGUCUCAAAUGGGACAUUAUUGGCUCCAGGGGAUUUUCCGAAAGAUGAGGUUUAUUCUUUUUCUACUGUUGCCUGUCAAAAGCUUCCUCUUCACAAUGCUGCUAUGAAAGUAUUCAGCUGCUUUAUUUAGCUAGAGAAACUUUGUCUAAACCUUAACACGUCAAAGCAGUGUUUUUAGUUAAUAUGCAGCUAAUAUAAAAUUUGGAAUAUUUAAAAUGUUGGCGUUCUCCAGAAUGGGAUGAUUACAGUUUGAAAUUCGAACAAAUGCAAAGGAAUUCCCAGUAUAACUUUGGGGAAUCUUGUGUAGGUAUUUACUUAGAAGUGAAAAAAUAACACUGAGUUUCACAUAUUCUGUCUUACCAAAGAUUGCAAGUUUAUCUCUACCUGUGGUUUCGAGACCUCUUGUUGUGAGUCACUUUUGGAGGAGGCUGAAAAUGACAACCAGUGACAAUUGCAAUGGCGUACAAUACGAGAGGGAGAUUUAUUUUAUUUUAUUUUUUGCUUGAUGGAUUCAGCACAUCAUCCUUAAAAUGUCGACGACAGAACGAACUUUAUCAAUUACAUCCAUAAUUUUUAUUUUGAGAUUACAAAAAUUAAGGGUUACUUUGCACUCUGUCCUCAGAUUGCCAAGCGCAUUAUACUGUAACAUUAAAAGGGGAAACGUAAACUGUGUUGUGCAAUGUUAAAAUAGAGAUGUGAACACAAGUGCUUUUGAUCUUGAAGUCCUUAAUGUGAGUAGAGAAAACAAUAUGUGGUGUUUUAAUGUGAGUUUGUCAAGCACCGUACAGCUACUGUAAUUUUGCCAAGUCAAACAUGUUCCUGGAUUAAUAAACAAUCUGGUCUUGUGAUAUUUGAUCAAAUCAAAACCCUUAAAUAAAAUAGCUUGACAGGAACGGGAUUCCUGGACCGAUAUGAAUGUUUAUACGGUAACAUACAGUACUUUGCAAUAUUACGGUCACUGUUCAGGCUCAAAUAUGUGAAGUUCUUCAAGUUAUCCCCAACAAUUUUAUAACAGCAUCUAGUUUACAGUUUGUAUAAAUCUGUCCCUUUCUAUUUGCUAAAUAAAAGUGUAUGUUGUUUUUAUAACCCUGUUAUUUACUCUUUUUUUACUGUAUGAGAUUUUACGAUUGAAUAUGUUAUGAGGUAUAUCACUGCCAAUUCUGUAUUUAAAGGUCAGCUCUUUGCAGUAAAUCGAUAGUUAUUGAUCACUCCAUCAAUUGCACUUUUUUAGCUCGAAGUGUUGUCCUCAAUCGGGUAGUUGGCAUAACAUUUCGUAUAGAGAGGGAAAAUUCAUCUCCUUUGAUUGAUUAAACUUUUUUUAAGCUUUAUUGUCAUUCUGUGACCCAGGGCACAUGAGGUGAGCGCUGUAGAGUGAUGUGACAUAUCACUGAGACUCUUGAGUAGACUGAAGUUAAGUGUUUUAACUGAAGCAUUAACAGGAGUGCUCAAUGGGGAGAUCGGGAUCAUUUCACGGACCGACCUGGAUAUAAACCAAGAACCUUAAUUUGUCUUUAGUGCAGUUUUUUUAGUCAUAAAAUGUAUUGUUUAUUCUCUUUGUGGUGACCAGCUGAUAUAUUAGAUAUCGAGCAGACAAUGAAGGUGGCUUUUAACAAACAC